UGGCAGCGGCGGCGGGGCCGGGGCGCGGGAUGGUGGCGGGGCCGCCGGGGGCCGCCUGCCCGCCCGGCGAUGGGGCGGUGCGGGGGGGCCGGGAGGCGGCGGGGCGGAGCCCGGGGCCGCUAAGGCGGAGCGGAGCUGGACGGCACGGGACGGAGAGGCGGCCGGCGCCCCGCCGGCGCUGAGCCGGAGCCUGCGGGCAGGGCUGUCCUGGAGGAUCGCCGUGGGGUGAGAGAAUGAAGAAGCCAGCCGGGCAGCAGCAGGAUGGGGCGGCAGGACCUCCCGCGAGCUGACGGGCCACCGCCGAUGCUCCCGUGGCCGCUGGCCCUCCUGGCCCUGAGCGCAUGCUGCCGCUGGGGGGUGGCCGGCGGGGCGGGCGGCACAGUGCCCCAGCAGCAUGCUGCCCCCGCGACCCCUUCCUCCUCUUCCUCAUCCUCCUCUUCAUCCGGCCGAGCACCCCUCGACUGGCUCCUCACCGACCGGGGACCCUUCUACCGAGCCCAGGAGUACGUGGACUUCAUGGAGCGCUACCGGCAGGGUUUCACCACCAGGUACAGGAUCUACAGAGAGUUUGCUCGCUGGAAGGUGAAUAAUUUGGCUUUGGAGAGGAAAGACUUCUUCAGCCUGCCGCUUCCCCUGGCCCCUGAAUUCAUCCGCAACAUCCGUCUGCUGGGACGCCGACCCAGCCCCCAGCAGAUCACCGACAGCCUCAUCAAGAAGUAUGGGACCCACUUCUUGCUUGCUGCCACGCUGGGAGGAGAAGAGUCCCUGACCAUUUUUGUGGACAAGCGCAAGCUGAGCCGGAGAGCAGAGCCUGCCGGGGGGGCUGGGAACAGCUCGGGGGUCUCGCUGGAGACCCUGCACCAGCUGGCAGCCUCCUACUUCAUCGACCGAGAGAGCACGCUGCGCCGGCUCCACCACAUCCAGAUCGCCACGGCUGCCAUCAAGGUGACCGAAACACGGACAGGACCACUCGGCUGCAGCAACUACGACAACCUGGACUCGGUGAGCUCCGUCCUGGUGCAGAGCCCUGAGAACAAAGUGCAGCUCCAAGGGCUGCAGACGGUGCUUCCCUCCUACCUGCGGGAGAGGUUCGUGGCGGCUGCCCUCAGCUACAUCGCCUGCAGCUCGGCCGGGGAGCUGGUGUGCCACCGGAGCGACUGCCACUGCCAGUGCCAGCCCGCCUUCCCUCGCUGCAACUGCCCCGAGGCCGACGUCCAGGCGCUGGAGAGCAGCCUGGUCCAGCUCCAGCGAGCCUGGGAGAGCCACCACGGCCAGUUCGAGGAGUCAGAGGAGUUUCAGGCCCUGGUGAAAAGGCUCCCUGGGGACCGUUUCCUGAACAGGACAGCCAUCUCCCACUUCUGGGCCAUGGACCUGGAUGUCCAGCACCGCUAUCAGCAGCUGGGCACCAGCCUGAAGCUGCUCUCCAGGAAAACCCACCGACUUAUCCGGCGGCUCUUCAACCUCAGUAAACGCUGCCACCGGCAACCUCGCUUCAAACUGCCGAAGGAAAGGUCCCUCCCUUACUGGUGGAGCCGUGCACAGUCGCUACUGUACUGCAGUGAGACCACCAUGCCUGGGACCUUCCUGGAAGAAAGCCACAGCUGCACAUGUCCCUCUGACCAGCCCUCCUGCCAGGGGUCCAUACCGUGUGCCUUGGGAGAGGGGCCGGCCUGCGCCAGCUGUGCCGAGGACAACAGCACCCGCUGCGGGACCUGCAACCACGGCUACGUGCUCGCCCAAGGCUUCUGCCGCCCCGAGGUGGCCGACUCGCUGGAGCACUACCUGGGGCUGGAGACGGACCUGCAAGACUUGGAGCUCAAGUACCUCCUGCAGAAACGGGACAGCCGCAUCGAGGUGCACUCCAUCUUCAUCAGCAACGACAUGCGCCUGGGGAGCUGGUUCGACCCCUCCUGGAGGAAACGCAUGCUCUUGACCCUGAAGAGCAACAAGUACAAGCCCGGGCUUGUUCACGUGAUGUUGGCCCUCUCCCUGCAGAUCUGCCUCACCAAGAACAGCACGCUGGAGCCCGUCAUGGCCAUCUACGUCAACCCCUUUGGGGGAAGCCACUCGGAGAGCUGGUUCAUGCCCAUCAAUGAGGGCAGCUUCCCAGACUGGGAAAGGACUAACGUAGAUGCCUCUGCCCAGUGCCAAAAUUGGACGCUCACCUUGGGCAACAAGUGGAAGACCUUCUUUGAAACAGUCCAUGUCUACUUGCGGAGCCGCAUCAAGUCUCUGGAUGACAGCUCCAACGAGACAAUCUACUAUGAACCCUUGGAGAUGGCAGAUCCCUCCAAGAACCUGGGGUACAUGAAAAUCAACAGUCUGCAAGUCUUCGGCUACAGCCUGCCCUUUGAACCAGACGCUAUUCGUGACCUGAUCCUUCAGCUGGACUACCCCUACACCCAGGGCUCCCAGGACUCGGCCAUGCUCCAGCUGUUGGAGAUCAGGGACCGGGUGAACAGGUUGUCACCCCCUGGCAAAACCCGCCUCGACCUCUUCACUUGCUUGCUCCGCCACAGGCUCAAGCUAGCCAACAACGAGGUGACGAGGAUCCAGUCCUCCUUGAGGGCCUUCAACGCCAAGCUGCCCAACGCACUAGAGCAGGAGAUGGGCAAGCUGUGCAGCUAACGGCCGGGGCUGUUGGCAUCUCAGAGCAAGGGGGGCGGGAGAAAGGACUCCCUGGGAGGGGUUGAAAAUAACCACCCGAAAAAAAUUAAAUCAAGGCCUUACCUUAGUGCCAACCACGUGCUUCCAUGGUACCCCCAGCGACUGGCCAAAGAGAUGCAGGGCUCGAGCGGAUGGAGGACACCAGCGGGACUAUGGAGGAGGGAUGGCUCAGGCACCGCAGACUGGCUCCGAGCGUGGCGACAAUGCCAGCACGGCCACCCCGUCAGUGGUUGAAGGGACGUGCUGAUGGGCGGGGGUGAUGUGGCUCAGCCAGAGGCAACUGGUGGUCCUACAGGAGCAGAUGCCCAACCUGCCACAAGGAUCCUCCAGUGGCUGCCUGCUCAGCGCCCCAACUUUUGUAGUCUUUUUAAGAGAGGUUUCUACCGGCGCCUUCACUUUCACACCCCCCACGAUCCUUCCUGCAGCUGUGCCGUCACACACGGCGCCAGGGGGACCACCCUGCAGGCCCCCGAGAUCUGGCAGAUUUUCCCUUGGAGCCUCUCCAUGAGCAUCUCGCACCUGCUGCGGUACCGAGGCAUUGUCAACCCUUGUGUGGGAAGGACCUGCCCUGCGGACGCUGCCAUCACGGACACCGGCGGAGACCUCUGGGCCGCAAUUCCUUGCAAAAAAACCCCCACAAACCUAAAAUGAAAGAAAGAAAAAGGAAAAAAAAAGUUUUAUUUAUGUAUUUAUUUGUUUUGUUUGGGAGGGGUUUUUUUAAGCCUAUUUAUUUGGGGAAGUGUCAUUUCUUGUCAGUGGCUCCAGCCAAGAGACAUCUUAGUAAAAUGUAUCUGUUUAAUAUAUUUUUUAAAAAAAUGCCUUUUUUGAGCAAAAGAGCAACCAAAACCAACUGAGAUUAAAAAACAAACAAAAAAACCAAAAAAAAAGCCCAAAGAGAACAGUUACUGUCAUCCGGGGCCCUGGCUUUUCCCUCGCUGUGUGGCUCCCCUCCCUCCUUCCCUGCUGCUGCUGCUGUGCUCGGUGGGUGCCUGACCAGAAUAUCAAGCAGCGGCACUGCCCAGCUGUCGGAUGGGAACACUGGGCAUCCAGACAAGCAGAGCUCACUGCUUCGGCAGCUGCCCUCGUUUCUUGGCAGAGAACAGGGUAAAGAGAGGAAGGAGCCGACCCUCCGACCCACAGCAUCCCCAAAGCAGGAGGUGCAGGCAGAGGGGAUGGGCAGGGAAAAGGGGAGAGCGGAAAAAGCAUAUCUGUGUGUAGAUCUGAGUCCGCCUCCUAAUUCUCCCCGGCUGGCAAAACUUGCCUGCUUGGGUGCUGCAAAAGUGGUGGUAACCCAAACUCAUCCAUCCCGCUUAUGCCACCCGCCUGUCCCCCCCUCUCCUCCAUUCUCGGGCUGGACAGAUAAAGAGAUAAGCGGGAGGAAAAUAACACCGGGAGAGAUAAAGAGAUAGGUGAGAGAAAAAUAAAACAGGAGUAGAUAAACCAUGAUUGCUAUUUAUAUUCCCUGUCUAAUCUAUCAAUCCAUCAGGCUAGCUAUUGUGGUUAUAGCAUGCCUCAACCUGUCACCCGGACUUCUCUUUUUCCAUACAUCUGUCUUCCUCUGCCCACAUCUCCUCCCUUGUCCUAAAGGAAAAAAAAUAAUCGGGCGAUUAAACACACCCGAAGGAAACGAGAAGUCAAAGCCAUCAUCUCUGCUCCCUGGGGGAAGCCGGCAGACAUCUGCCUGGGGUUGAGGAGGAUACAGGCGGGAUGGCCAGCCGCAGGCUUCACAGCUAGAAAGACCAUUUCAGCUUCUGCUAUGCAUCUCUCUGGGUCACCACAUCACUUCUCGUCCUCACUGUCACGUGGGCCAUGCAUCGGGGUAAUGUUCCUCAGCUCCAUCCUCUGCCUCCUCUGGACCAAGCAUUUCCUACCAUGCUUUUCAGCACCCUGAACCAGUCACACAUCCUAAAGCCACCUGAACGGGAAUGCAAGAGCUGUUGGGACAUCUGGCAGCAUCUCGAGGAGCCACCAAGAUAUGGUGGAGCAGCUUCCACUGGCGGGGGAC